AAAGGGGUCUCUGGCAGCGGAACAGUUAAUAUCGCCUGAGCUAUUGCUUUUUUUUUUUUUUUUAUUAAAAAAAAACUGAGCGGCAAGGCUGGGGACAAGGGAUGCAGCAGAAAGAGCCGUGAGUGAGGCGCUGGAAGCGGGAUCUGUAGCGGGGAUCAAUCCGGGAGCAGAGCGGGACAAUGCGGAUGGCAUCGGGGUGAUGGUGGAGGCUCCGCGGUAGGCACCCGAACUGUUCAGAGGCUGGCCGAAUCAUGCGCAGGGAGGACAUGAACAGGUCCGCGGCGAUCGUACUCUGUCUCCUGGGCUGCAACGUGUGGAAAGCGGUGACCAAGAGCCUGCCGGAGGACGGCGACGGCAGAGAGGUUACACUGAAGGUGCACUUGAGCGAUGCCAGCACCCACCAGCCCAUAACCGGGGUCACCGUAGAGAUCUUCGCCAACCACACCUCCCUCACCUCGGAGUCCUCAGGACCGGAUGGCAACGCCUAUGUCACAUUUCCAUACAGGGUGGGCUCCCUGUUGAUCGUCACGGCAACCAAGCCCGGCUACGUGCCAAACUCGGUCCCGUGGAGGCCGGCCCGAAUGCCCGUGUUUUCCUCACUCAGCCUGGAGCUGCUCCCGGAGAAGGCCGCCACCCUCAUGGUCUACGAGGAUGUCGUCCACAUUGUCUCCGGCUUUCCAGGUUCGAUGGCUCGUCCCUGGGUGCAGUUCCGCCGCAGGGCCCUGAACCUGCCUCCGGACACCAGCUAUGCCAACCUGACGGCCCAGCUCACGGUGGCCAGCUCAGCGCGCGAGUUUGACCGCUUCCCGUACCUGCAGGGACUCUCAGGGAACGGCACGGGCAACGGGUGGGAGCUGAACCCGAUCACCGCCAUCAGCGUCCAUCUGCUGGGCGGCAACGGAGCCGAGGUCCACGUCAGUGAGCCCAUCAGCGUCAUGGUGCCGCUGCCCCCUGACAGCGGCCUGAAGGAGAACGACCACAUCCCUGCCUGGCGCUUCGACCCCAAGCUGGGAGCUUGGCUGAAGAGCAGCCUGGGCUACGUGCAGAGGGAGGGGGGGCAGCUCGUGCUGACCUACAUCGCCCCCCAGCUUGGCUACUGGGCAGCCGCCAUGUCACCUCUGAACACAGGUGCCGUGGUCGCCAAGGACAUCAGUUCCUACCACACGGCCUUUCUGCUGGCCAUCCUGGGUGGGAUGGGGGUCAUCAUCCUGUUCCUAGCCUCCCUGCUUCUCUACUACUGCAGGAGGAAAUGUCUGAGGCCACGACAGCGACACCACAAGCUGCAGCUGUCCACAGUGCUCAGCGGCUCCAAGAGAGACCAGGCCACUUCCAUGUCACACCUCAACCUCAUCAGCGAGGUGCACUUAGACCUGGUGUCAUCCACAGCCGAGCCCGACCUGCACACUCUCGUGCUACAGCCCACCUGUGCUCCCAUCUCCCACCAGGAGAGGGCGCCCUCCAGCCAGAGCUCACCUGCCCACCAGCCCCACUCCUCCCGCACUUCUCUGGCUAAGGAGUGCCACCGAUUGGUGGAGGUCCCCCCAGUGAGGGCAGCCCGGUCCCAAGAACUUGGGGACGGUUAUGAGUCACCCCGGCACGGAGACGGCCGGCAGAGCCGCUGCUCCGAGUCUUCCCCACGGCCGGCAGAUGGAAGGGAGGGGUCAGCGCAGGCAUCGAGGAGCCAGCUGUCAGUGGGCAGCGAGGCCAGCGUCCACGAUGCCUCCCUGUCCAGGCCACGCACCCCGGGCCACACGGAGCAGCCCCCUGAGCGUCGGCCGGUGGACCACUUGCUGUCGCGGUCCGUGGACCACCUAGAAAGGCCCGCCACCCUGCCACGGCCAGGCCAGCUGCUGUGCUGCAGCUCUGUGGACCAGGUGAGCGAAGGCGGGUACCGGCGGGCACGGCCAACCCUGGUCAUCCCGGCGCACUACGUGCGUUUGCCUGGGGAACACCCGUUUGCUGGGCAGCCUCUGCUCCUGCAGGCUGACCAACAGAGUGACCUGGAGACCAUCCAGGCAGAGCUGUCUGCCUCGCAGCCUCCGCCAGGUCCGCCGGGCUCCGGGACGCCGCAGCUGUCCUCCUCCACCGAGGACCCACGGGACGGCACGUGGACCCUGCAGACGGCCUCAGCGCCCGAAUCGCUGUCCAUCCCGGCAUCGCUCAGUGAGGUGGGGCUGGUGCAGAUGAACGGCGAGGACCAGCUGCUGGCAGAGAAGUCGCUGCUGGCGCUGCGCGGCGGAAAGCCGCUGCCCCACCCCCGCGCCUGGUUCGUCUCCCUGGAUGGCCGGUCCAACGCCCACAUCCGCCACUCCUACAUCGACCUGCAGCGUGCCGGCUGCAACGGCAGCAAUGACGCCAGCCUGGACUCGGGCGUGGACAUGAGCGAGCUAGCCCGGCGCAUCCGCAGGGGCCUGCGGGAAAGGGAGGCUGAGAGGGAGGCCGAGGUGGAGGCCCGGCGAGACAGGAGCACACCGCCCACAGUGGCCUACACCCAGCUGGUGUACGUGGACGACAUGGAGGCUGACGUCAGUGAGACGGGUACGCCCAACGGCAGCCCCGACGAUGGUGCCCUCGGACCGCUGCUCCAGGACACCCGAGGAGCCGCGGAGGAGGAGGAGGGAGAGGAGGAGGAGGAUGACGGUGGCGGAGGAGGGCGAGGAGAGGCUGAAUUCAGGACUGAGCAUGCCAGGCCUGAGCUUCAGCUUCCUGACAGCCCUCCUGACAUCAUCGCCGGGCAGGACGACAGCGGCGAGGACGAGAACAAGAAGAGCCCAUGGCAGAAGCGAGAGGAGAGGCCCCUGUUGGCCUUCAACCUGAAGUGAGCAAGCGGUCCAAGGGACAGGACCAGGACCGCAGGCGAGCGAGCAGUCCAAGGGACGGAACUAGGACCGCAGGCGAGUGGUAAACAUGCAAAAAAUAAUAAAGUAUGCCUCGUGCACCUGUGCCGCUCCUUUUCGAACCUUUGGACCCAAAGCUUUAUGCUGGCGUGAAUCCUCAAGCUGGAUGGACAAUGAGGCACCGAUCCUCUUCACCUUCUGUCCCUCUGGUGGCAGCUUUGUGCAUUAAACACGUUCAGUUGGUCAGCUCAGAUAAGCUCUUUCCACCAGAGGGCGCCUAUGCACCGUUUUUUACUGCGGUAUCGCGUUGCUUUUAAUGCCUUUUUAACGUGUAACCACUAUGUCAUGAUUUUUUUUUUCCCUCUUAUUUUCCAAGUAUUUUAUCCAGAUAUUUUUGUUACUGUUUAGUUUCAGCCUUGCCUUACAGUAAGAGUAAAAUGUGACUCUGAAUGCCUUCUUCCGUCGACGCCAAACUGAAUCCUGCGUUUGCUGGUUUAAUUCUCAACUUCCAUGUGUUUUCCAAGUGCCUUGUUGAACUUACCUGGUCAGCUUCCUUUACUCAUUAGCAUUUUUAACCCCCAUGCACGCACACACGCCCCCUGGCAGAGCAGGUGUACCCCACCCCCCCCCCCAAUCAGGUUCCCCCCAGGUCCCGUACACACAGACCAGGCAGCGCACAACUACAGCAGCUGGUGACUUGAAUUGCGCCUCGUUCUGUCUCCUUGCCAUGGUAAUCUCUGCUUAGGGCAAGCAUAUUUUACUCUGAAUGUUAAUACUGGUUGCUUGUAUAAUACUUGAUGCUCAUUACUCUGAAUAAAUUGAAGUAAAAAAAUAAA